AUUGUCAGCCUUGGGUGUUUCGGUUUAAGGUCACGUUUUGAACGGCGUCGCCUUCUAGAGAACGGCCUACUGGUUCCAUACUACCAUAUGGGAAAUAGCACCCCACUUUCUUCAGAUGAGAUCUGUACAACUCAGUUUCGUGUCUACGCCGCGGAGCUUUGCACGUAAAAAAUGGACCAUAGACUAGGGGGCGAUUAAAAAAAAAACCAUUGAUAAAUUGCCCGCCGAAAAGUGACAUUUGUGUUUUUUUUUCUUAAUAUUUUUUUUUUAUUGUUUGUUGUUGUUAAGAACUUUUUGGGUGACUGGUUGUGUUGUGUGACACUUUGAAAAAGCCACCUACGUACUUGCGUGUUUUUUUGGAUAUUUUCACCUGAAAACUGGGAAAAUGUUCCCAAGGCGGGGAGCGGUGGUGUUAUGGUGCCUACUACACCUGGUGGUAGCUGAGGACCCUUCAUCAUCGGGCCUCGUUCUUCAAGACUCGAAGCAGGACCUGGUGGCUGAAGCCUCCAACUCUCGUGAGGGUGUUGGAGCGCAGAAGCGUGAAGGUGCGCUCUCUAACUCAUACGGGGAACCGCUACCAGCCGACGCGUAUGGACCGCCGCCACAGCACCUACUGCACGAACUGAACCAGCCAGCCCCAGUGUACGGGGUUCCAGAGUUCCAGAACAACAUCUUCCCUCAGGAGCCACCGCCCGGUGCUUAUGGACCCCCCACGCCUGUAGUGUUCCCUACUCACUCUUACGAAGGACCCCCUCCGCCAAUCGGCAAACCGAAACCCGUCUACGGGCUCCCGAAACAGUAUGGACCCCCAAAACCAACAUACGGUCCUCCGAAACCGAUCUACGGACCUCCUAAAAAAUCCUACGGACCACCAAAGCAGAGCUUACCCAAACCAAUAUACGGCGUUCCAUUCAAACCACCGAAAGUUUCUGUACCAAAACCCAUAUAUGGACCCCCGAAACCUGUCUAUGGAACCCCGAAACCUGUCUAUGGACCCCCGAAACCUGUCUAUGGACCCCCUAAAGCUACAUACGGGCCUCCUUUACCAAGCAUACCGAAUCUACCUCCAAUCCCCGAAUUACCACCAAUAAAUCUUCCACAAAGUAGUAGUGUCAGCGCUAACUUCGAUAUAGACACGAACGUAGAUUUAGGCUUCAGUCUACCAGCUCCCAUUUACGGAACCCCAAUUCCUAAUUUACCGAUAAACCUGAAGCCUAACUUCCCCAUCCCUUCGGACACUUACGGACCCCCUGGUCAUUCCUUAGGUCCUAUAGGACCAAACGAUCAACUGGUGGUUCAUAAUGCCGACUCUGGACAUUACGGACCACCUCAACCGGACCCGAACCCGAGACCUCCUCACCCAGGCAUUCCUGCCCCUCCUACUCCACCACACGUUCUAUACGAUGGUUGGAAACCAAUCCCUGGAAUUUCUAAACCGUUACUAGACCACGGCCAUCACAAUAGUCAUCAUCAUCAUCAUCAUCACAAUUUGCAGCAAAUCGAAGAACAUUACGGUCCUCCCCCUCCACCUCCAGUACAAGAAGUCCAUCUUAAUUUAGAUGGCCAUUCAUUACCACAUGGAGAAAACGCCGUCUCAUUCUCUGGAGCACAAAUAAACACUGGAUAUUCAAACGUCCAUCAAGACGCUUUAGCCAAUAUUGACCUGAACGCCAUAGUUGGAGGUGACUCGAAUCACAUAGAUCAAUCGAAGACUGUAUUCGAAGCGCAUUACACAGAAAAUGCUGGACAACACAGCCAUAACACAAUUUUCACUGGACCAGAGAAAAUAAAGGAUACUUAUGGAGCGCCGCCUUUGGAAUCUCUAUCAGGAGGACAUUAUCCAAAUUCUAUUAGACAACAGGGGGCCAAAGGACUAAUCCCCCCUUCAGGAAUAUACGGAGUGCCUCCAGGUAGUCAAUAUGGAGCUCCUCCUAAACACCCUAACGGUAGACUACCAGGAAUAAACCCAAGAAGACCUAUAAGAUUCAGAGAACCAGUUCCAGAGGGUUUAUUACAACACGUCGGACAUUCUACUCAUCAUAAAGACGUUCACGGAAUUAACCAUAGUCCUCAACCUCAACCUUACUUGCCUCCACCGAUACGUGACGUGAAAGACGUGAACCAACACACAGGCAACGCUGGAGUGUCCAUAUCUAUUGAACCUUCAGAUCUAUACAGUUUACCUCACGCAGGAAACCCGAUAAGUUUCCAUCCUCUAGAGCAGAAACCUAAUAAUUUGUAUGGAUCUCCCAUAGAUUCUUAUUCAGUGCCGUUGUUGACUGUAGGUGAUCAUUCCGUAUCUUCGUCUAAUACGAAUGCUGUAACGGCUACAUUGGACGGAUCUAUUUUUGCGAAUUUAAGUAAUUUAGAAGCUGCGGCGAUAUUAAAACACUGCCCUUACCAUGAAGCUAUAAUCAAAGCAGCCAGAGCUGGCGAGAAAAUCCCCUCAGACUUAGCUUCGAACUACGUUGCCAGUUUAAGUUCUUUGGGCUCGACGCUAUCGAAGAGUCAACAGACUUCAAUAUCGCCUCAGAACGGCUUCAAUGUCCCAGUAGCGGGAAGCGAAUCCGUGUCCUACAGUAGCAAAGAUUUAUCCACCGCUUCUCAUACUUUGGUAGAAACAAUUUUACCAACCAACGAUAUCAAGAAGGAGAAGACCGAAAAGAACAGCAUCCAAAAAGGGAAAUCUAUCAAAGACGACUCAGGAAAACACAGCUUCAAACAGGACGACCGUUUACAAUACGUUUCGCAGCAAAUACAACAGACCUCCGAAAAGAUUCGUAAUCUUAGCGAGGAAACUAAACAGCUGCAUCAAAAGAUAGUUUCCAGCACUCAGAAUUUUAAUCAGUUCGGUCAAACGACCGGUUUCGCUGGCAACAUUCCAGUUAGUAACGGCGCUGCGAGUUAUUCAAUUCAAAUACAAUCAUCAGAUGAGGGAAAAGGCAAACCAGCGAAUCCUUCCAUACCGCACGAACAAUUGCUAUCAGAGGGCUUACUACAGAGCAUUCUACAAGCCAUAGAGCAACCUAACCAACCACCUCCAUCGAAAAUCCAAAACCAAAACGUUAAUUUCGAACAAUCCAGCUCUUUGGACUUCAAGAAUUACGAUUUAGGUGGCCUAGUCCUACCUGCUGGGUACGAACCAAUAGACAGAACUAAAGAUAACAAAAUAAACGACCAGCAAAGUCAGAGCUCUAAUCAAAUACGUCAUAUACAUUCGGAAAACCAAAGUCACAGAGGUGACAUACCCCAUACUGAUUGCGAUUCAAAAGCUGAUAAUUCUAUAACUCACACAAUAGUUGUACCUCCACCAAACAAUAAUAAUAAUAUUGAAAACGUGCAACAUGUUAAUGAUGUAGACAAUAACGAUGUCGCCAUAUACUUUGGCGAUAAUUCUGAUGAUAAAGAUAAAAAUGAACCAGUCACAGAAAUCUCUGUAGCUACCAGCAUAAGCGAAAACGUAAAUGAGUAUAGCAACGAACGAGUGUUUGGCGCGAAAUUAGCCAAAUCGUAA